CGCGUGUCGUGGCCGCUCCCGCCCAAUCGCGGGCCCAGCCGCGGGGGCGGCGCUUCGGUUGGCGGGGCAGCGGCGGGCUGGGCGUCGCCAUCGCGGCCGUCAUCGGCAUCGUCGCCCUCAUCGCCAUGAGUCAAGAUGAGAGAUAUGCUUUCAUUGCUGAAUGGUAUGACCCAAGUGCUUCACUCCUUCGGCGUUAUGAACUUCUGUAUUAUCCAAAAGAUUCAUCAAUUGAAAUGUACGAUGUGAAGAACCGUCGCACGUUUCUGAGGCGCACCAAGUACGAGAGCCUGCACCUGGAGGAUCUCUAUGUGGGCAGCAAAGUCACGGUUUUCUCCCGGCACCUCACCAUCGUGGACUAUGGCAAUCUGUACACCUCCCGCAAGCUCGGCAGCCGCAAGGAGAGAACACUGGCUUUGAUUAAACCUGAUGGAAUGCGUAAGAUUGGAGAAUUAUUUGAUAUCAUUAUUACUGCAGGACUGACAAUAACUAAGGCCAAAAUGAUGCUGCUUUCAAGAAAAGAAGCAGCUGAUUUCUAUGCUGAUUAUCGAGCAAAACCUUUUUAUCAUGAACUUCUCCAGUUAAUAAUGAGUGGCCCCAUCCUUGCUAUGGAGCUCUUAGGAGAUGAUGCAGUGAGUAAAUGGAGAGCAAUAGUGGGGCCAGCAAACCCUACAGAGACUGAGAGUGAUACACUGGACAGCAUCUCAGAGAGCUUUGGACUUUCUGGCCUAAGAGAUGCAGCUCAUGGCCCUGAUUCAGUUGCUUCAGCUGCUAAAGAGCUGGAGUUGUUCUUUCCCUCCAGUGGAGGUCGUGGACCAGUCAGCAGUGCAAAAUUCACAAACUGUACUUGUUGCAUUAUUAAGCCUCAUGCUGUUAAUGAAGGGCUUGCUGGAAAGAUUAUAAAAACCAUCCUCAAGGAAGGAUUUGAGAUCUCAGCAUUGCAGAUGUUCAACAUGGAGCGUACAAAUGUGGAAGAAUUUUAUGAGAUUUACAAAGGUGUCGUUCCUGAAUACCUGGAGAUGGUUUCAGAGUUGUGUUCAGGCCCUUGCAUAGCAAUGGAGAUUAGACAAUUCGAUCCUUCAAAAGUGUUCAGAGACUUCUGUGGUCCUUCUGACCCUGCAUUAGCCCGUCACCUCCGACCUGGAACUCUGCGUGCUGUCUUUGGGAAGGACAAGAUUCAGAAUGCUGUUCACUGCACAGACCUGCCUGAAGAUGGACUUUUAGAGGUGCAGUACUUCUUCAAGAUUCUGGACAAUUAACAGGCUCCAUCCUCACCCACUGCAACAAACACAUACACAGAACUGUGUGUUCAUUCAUUUAUUUGUCCAAUGUUUCAACCUGACUGAAAUACAAGAUCAACAAGAGCACUGUACUCCUGGCUAUUAUUACAUGUUAGAACAUAGAGUUUUGCACUUUAGACAACAUUUAACACCAUUCUAUGGGGUACUGCAUUGCUUUUAUAAAGUUUAAAAUAAAGAUUUAUUUUCAAA